CGACACUCACCACUGAUUGAACGUGGUGCGGGGGAACGAAUAUUUUUCGCCCAAAUAACCAGCCUUAAACUCAGAGUUUUUUGCAACAACUGCGCUCGCGCUGGUCUCGAGCUACGCGGCGCUCGCAACCUACUCCAUCCAAUCUUCCUCGCCGCACCCUAUGACCGAUGGUUUAAUCCUGCCUGUGAAAUGACCUGGGACGUGGGACAAGGGAUUCGAGGUGGGUACACGGGCAAUAGUAGGGGUGUUAUUGCUACCCUUGGGGCGUUUAUAGGGGUUACUUGGUACAAUUCCAUCGAGCUAAUUAUCCUCAUAUUGUUCACCUUCAAAAAGUAUCAAGGGACUUAUUUCUGGAGCUUGUUGAUUACAACCAUAAUAGGAGUUCUGGUGCACUCUAUCGGUUACCUGAUUAAGGAUUUCGAACUCACGACAGCAACAUGGGUGCCAGUCACUAUCACCACUAUUGGCUGGUGGACAAUGAUUAUUGGCCAGUCAUUCGUUCUGUAUUCCAGACUGCAUUUCGUCGUCUGGGACAAGAGGAUCCCCCGCUUUGUCCUGUGCAUGAUCAUCACGAACAUAUUCCUGCUUUUAGUUCCGACCACCGUUCUCACAUAUGGCUCCAACUUCUCGAGCUCCCAAAAAUUUCUGGGUGGCUAUAUCAUCAUGGAGAAGAUUGAGAUAAUAGGCGUUAGCAUCCAAGAGAUCAUCAUAUCAGGUCUUUACAUAUACGGGACGCGAGAGAUGUUAAAGUUUAACCUGGAGGGAGAGAACGGAAGCAUUCUCCUCCAACUUGUUGGCAUCAACUUCGUUUUCAUUCUCAUGGACAUCGGUCUCAUCGCCACACAAUAUUCGAACCUGUUCACCUAUCAAACAACGCUCAAGGGCUUGAUAUACAGCAUCAAGUUGAAACUCGAAUUCUUCGUUCUCGGCAAGCUCGUGCGCAUUGCCAACCGUCGCGGUGGCAAGCCCGAGCCUCAAGACAUUAGCGAAUUCGUCGAUACCGUUCAAGUCACCUCUGAUAUCACCCAUGCGGACAAUCCUAAUCCGUCGAUGCGCCAACAUCCUCCGCCACCCCACAUGUGCCCCGAAGAUGUCUCAAUCGCCGUGUUCGAACACUCCGACCGCAACAACAUGCUAGAAGGAGACACCUCCCUCUCCAGCACCUCAAGGGUCACGUCCGAUUCACCCCCGCACGCCUCCCCUCUCGCUGAAACAGGAUUCCACGUUCAGCCAUUUGACGACAUUACUGGUUCCAAUGUACUCCUCCGCUUAGUUGGACUCGAUUCCAACCUAUCUUCAAAUCAAGAAAAGGCCAGAGAAAUUACGCAAGCUUUAGGUGGUCUACCUUUAGCACUUAAUCAAAUUGGGGGGUUUAUAACUCAACGGAAAUGUCCAUUACAAGAGUUCCUUGCUCUUUACGAGCGCAAUGCGGCAAAGAUUGAUUCUAGAAAAACAGGAUUUAACGAGUAUGAACACACGUUGAGUACAGUCUGGGAGAUGUCGUUCAGCAAGCUGUCAGGUGACUCCUGUACGCUGCUCAAUGUGUUGGCGUUCCUAGAACCAGAUGCAAUCGAUGAAGCGAUACUUGUUGAAGGGUCAAAGCUUCCAAAUUGGGACGAGGAAUUUGAUUUUCUUUCGGAUGAAAUGGAUCUUGGUGAUGCGGAAGCAGCACUUUUGCAAGCCGCCCUGAUUGAUAAGAGCACUGAUGAUGCGGUCCUGUCAAUUCAUCGAUUGGUGCAAGCUGCUGUUACUCGAAGGCUCACUAAAGGCGACCAGAGUAAGUAUUUUGACGCUGCUGUUCGCAUUGUUACGUGCGGAUUCCCGAACACCUGGCGUGAAGACGUUGGCCAUCAAUUCAAAACUUGGGCAAAAUGCGAGAAAUACCUCCCACAUGUCAAUCAGUAUCUCUACGAACGAGAAUGGUACAAUGUGGCCCGAGACUUUAUUAGUACAGCACUUGAAACUUUUGAGGAUAAGACAACUCUGGCCUUUGCGAGUGCGGUUGACUUGUCUGGACUGAUUGACCUCGACAUGAACAACCCAUCCAGCGCCCUUAUCCCAUUCAACACUGCACUCGAGAUUCGACAGAAGCUAGUAGGAUCUAAAGACCCGCUCAUUGCAUCUACAUAUUCUACACAUGAAAAGGCCCUAACAAUUCGUCUCCGCGCGGAUACCAGAAUUGACAACACCUAUAGCAAUAUGUCAAGUUUGCUUCUACGAAUGGGGAAGCCUGAUGAGGCUGAGGAUAUCAUGAGAAAGUGCCCAGCCCUAAAGGAUUUUACAGAUGAGAGUUUUAUAAAUACUGGAAAUACUCGUUAUGUUGGCAACAUGGUCUUGCUUUCUCGCAUACGCCUAGCUCAGGGCUCGCUCGACGACGCAAUGCGGCUUGCCUCGAAAGCUCUUACGUUCCGACAGAAAUUACACGGAAAUAGACUGAAGACUUGUGAUUCGUUGUAUGAUGUAGCAGAUAUGCUUGUCCGUCAGGGGUGUGUAUCUUCUGCAAUCGAGCUUCUCAAGCAACUAGUAGCCAUAUCUGAAACCUUAACUGAGGCCGAAGGACAGCUCGCAAGAGCUAGUUACAAGCUGAGUGUUCUAUAUGAUGAGAACGGCAGGCCAACAGAUAGUCAAGCUUGUAAAUCUCGCGCGAUUGCUCUGAAGGAUAAAUUGAGACCCGAAUUGAAGGACGGCCUAUUUGAAGAAAGCGAGUUCAUGAAACUAUGUCCCUUUAUGUUGUGGUGA